CUUGCAUUAUCCUUUUGCCACAGCCACAGAAAACUAGUAAAUUGGAGUCUUGUCGGUUUUUAAGAUUCAUGGAGGAGAGAAAUGAAAUGGAAGAAAAAACGAGCACGGCAACGGAGGGCGAAGAAAUUGACGAUUUCUCUUUGCUGCCCGAAGGAGUAAUAGCUAACAUCUUGUCGCUGACGACUCCACCGGAUGCGUGCAGGUCAUCGGAGGUUUCCUGGACUUUCCAUGCCGCGGCGCAAUCAGAUAUCGUGUGGGACAGAUUCCUGCCUACCGAUUGGCACGAUUUGGUUUCUCGGGCUAAACCUAGCGAUCUGAAUUUUGAUCCGGCUUCGUCUUCGAAGAAGGAGAUCUUUUUCUCUCUCUGCGACAGACCACUGCUCAUUGAUGACGGCAAAAAGAGCUUUUCACUGGACAAACGGAGUGGUAAGAAAUGCAUAAUGCUUGGAGCAAGGGACCUUUCAGUAGUUUGGGGUGAUACCUCUUUCUAUUGGACCUGGGAACGUCAUCCCGAGUCGAGGUUUGCAGAGGUAGCUGUGCUCCUCGAGGUGUGGUGGCUUGAAAUACGUGGAAGAAUAAGUUGCAGAAUGUUGUCUCCUGCAACAACUUAUGCAGCUUACUUUGUGUUCAAGAUGAGGAAACGAAGAUACUAUGGGUUCAAUGUUGAUCCUGCGGAUGCCAUGGUGGGAACUGGUGGCACUGAAAACAGGUCGAAAAGUGUUUGUCUGGACCCUUUUAUUGACAACCCUCUUCGGCGGCGUCGGCAUGUCCCAUUGGCGGUGGACCAGCCGCCUGAAAGUAUGGAGGGGUCAGAGCGGCCAAAGCAGAGACAUGAUGGCUGGUUUGAAAUCGAGCUGGGAGAGUUUCAAAGCGACAGUGGAGAUGAUGAAAUUGAGAUGGUUCUUAUGGAGGUAAAGGGCAACACUCCCAAGAGCGGCCUUGUUGUUCAAGGGAUAGAGAUAAGGCCUAAAAUAAGCCCCUCGUAGAUGAACUCUGGUAAACUGUGUACUAAAUCCACGAUAUUGCUAUUAGCGUCAUAAAAGGAAAACUGAAACCCUUGCUUUGUAUGGAGAUACUAAAAAACUGUAAUAAAUGACGAUCAAAUUGUUGCCAUUUUCAUUUGUGCUGCCUUAUAAAUUGAGUCUCUCUUUUUGCAA